AGUAUCAGUAAUGUACAAUGUAACCUUGCGUUUUCAAAAUCUACAGGAAUUAGCCUGUCAGUUUUCAGAAGCGCAAGUGUAAUUUUAUAAUAUAAUAGCAAUGUUCCCUUUUGCCCUUUGUUUUCCUCAUCAGCAUGCCAUCGCUCUGUUGAAGCUCAAAAGACUUUAUAACUUAGUUUUCUGUUACAUUUUCACUCUUACCUAGCUAAUCCUGUCAAGCAGUGCUGGAGGGACCUCUACCAAAGAAGAACUCCCCAACCCCACCCCCCCCACUCCAGAGACAGCUGCAACAAACCUCAGACCUGAUGUGGCCAUCAGUUUUAAGCCUGUGUAUAUUGCAGAUCAGACAAUUACUGUACAUGGGAGGAGCAAAAGUGUACGAAUGCAAGAAGCUGAGAUACACAGAACUAGCAGCCAACGCUGAACAACACGGAUAAAAGGUUCAGGUACUCCCAAUGAAAAUUUGCUGUUGAGGGUUUGUUACUACACCCGCCACUAGGCUCCUGCGAGAAAUGGGAAUAAGGGACCAGGCACAGCAACAAGCCAUACAGUCACUCUCUGAGGCAGCUUAACAAAGCAGCCAUUGGCUCUGGAUGAAGAGGAGAAACCCCAGCUGGGCCCCAAGAUGGCUGGUACGGGGGUAGGUACAGAGUGGGGUAUACCUGGGAUGCCAGGUGAUGCUGUUGAGCCCUCUGGAGAUGUAGUGGGUAUAUCAAUUAAACAUUGAUGAAGGAGGGAACCCACCUGUGGACCCCUGUAAACCACCUGCCCCUCCACCCUACACCCUGCAAGUAAGAACCAAUCAACUGAAGGGAUUGUAAAAUCAAGCCAUAAGUACUCUAAAUCCUAAACUGAUUCCAGAUCAGUACAUACACACAUGACCAUGAGACACUCCCCAAACGAGCUGGCACAAGCACAGCCAGAACAGGCCAGCGCAGUCAGACUGUAAGGACUGCUACUGGAUGAGAGACACGAUUCUCUGCUCUUUACUUCAGCUGAAAUGGUUCUGGUGUGCAGGUGGCAUAAUUCAAGUGACAUACUGACAAUACUGUGUAUAUGUUUUAUUUGUGUAUAUUACAUAUAUUUUGGUACUUCAAGUAAUAGAUCCGCGACAAUUGUCAGUUUUAAUCAUUUCUGUUCUUAACUACACAGGAUAAGCGCAGGGUAUUCUAAGGCUUUCCCCAGGAAAAUAGUGGAAGGGGAAGUGCCUCAGAGGGUAUGCAGUGGUGGCUUCAAAUGGCAAGUCAUGAUAUUUGCAGGGUGUAGCCCAGUGAUUCCCAAACAUUUUUUGGUCAGGGCCCCUUUUUGUUAACCGUAAAUUCUGGCCUGGUGAAAACAUGGCUUCACAAAGCCAAAGCCAGUUUUGUUCAAUCGCACCACAUUUAUUGAAUGGUUCAAUGUAAGAUUAUGGAGGCCUGAGUCAGAGGUGUUAUUGAUUUGUCUCUGAUGUUUUCGGAGGUGCUCAUGAAUUCUGUGGAGGUGCAGCGCCUCCACCUGGGGGAAACCAUGGUGUUCACAGGAACACAAACCCUAUCAUGAAUUUCGUCAAUACCUUACUGAACUUUAAAGUGAGUGAAUUAAUCUACGUAUGCAAUAUGCACAAGGCUCAUGUGACAGGAUCUUUCAUCAUACAUUUGCAAUUUAAUAACUCUUAUUUUUCGGGAAAAUAUACCUAUUUAAAAGUUUAAAACCUAUUGUACUCUGUCCAUUUUGUCUUGAUUUGCACUGAUUUGUUGAUAAACUACACUUUUUGAUUUAUUUGCUUUAAAUAAAACUUUUACUUGUAGUGUCUGUCGAUUUUUGGACAGGUGUGGUGUAGAAUAUUUGUAACGUACAGGUAACGUUCCCGGUGUCUUUAGCAGCAUACUGCUCUGCUGCAUAUCUCUGAAGCUGGUCAGUAUCCAGCCAUCCAAAACAACCUACCUUACACACACAACCAAAUAAUUAAUGCAUUGCAUGCAUUUUCCCACUGAGUUACUCUUUGAAUUUUUUAAUUAGUUACUCAUACAAAUAGCACAAACUGUCAUCAUUAAAUAUUCCAGUGAUAUCUAUUUUCCAUUUCAAGGCAUAAAAUUGAUUAUAUGUUUCAGACUGAAUUAAUCUGCUGUUCAAUACAUGUGGAAAUGAAACGUGAAAUGUCAAAAAAAUCCAUUAAAAUAUUGUGAUUACAGGUCACUUGCUAUGCUAACGCUGUCAUUAUGGCACUGGCUGCAUGCCUCACAUGAGGUGGUGUCAAUAGCCUUUUCAAGCCACAAACUUUAAAUCUUGAAUCUCCUGACUAUCCCAUUAGGAUAGGGAUAAUCCUGAAAUCAAUGGUUCCUUACCAAGACACCCACAGUCCAUCCUUUCACUUGUGUGUCUUUUUCUUCCAUCAAAAAAACACUUGACACAGAAAGGAUUUUAAUGGUUCGCUUUAAAUACAUAUAAAAAGAGGUGUUCUGUAAAAUGACUUGCAGUUCUCAUGCACUCACUCCCAGUCUCAGACAUGCACAUACACACACGCAUACACACCUACUAUUACGACUACUCCAGUUACUAUUACUACAACACAAACUAAACAUUCCCCCCAAAUUCAAUCCAUGCGCACCUACAUAUGUGCUGCAGUAUGCAGGGCUCCAGCUCUCUUCAUUAGUUUCACUUUGUCUUCAUUUCCCUGUUUUGUUCUCACUCUACCCACCAAACUUUUUCCUUUUUGCAGGUUCAGUUUAGUUAAAUCAGAGGCCAAGUGAGUGAGGAUGAGGAUGGCAUGUGGACGUGGACAGGAAUAAUAUAAGAUGUUUCAAUAGAUAGUGUUAAAUAGUUACAGUACUUGCCAUGGUGAAGCCCUUUCUGUUCUACAGGAAGCAGUGCAGUUUGAAGAAAGUACAAGACUAGGCGGCCUUUCCUCUGUUCGUUCACAGCCCUCGCCCACGCCCAUCAACGCUCGCUUAGCCAAUAGGAAAACUGCGACAUUGCAUUUACCAAUGGGGAAUUAUUUACCACCUUUGCAAUCAUUUGGUGCUACGGAGAUUUUCCCAACAGACGUUUCUCUCAGUUUCAAAGGUGUCGACAAUAAGCAUCGCUAAACACACCCAUGUUCUGUAGCCUAGGCUACUACGAAGUUUCACUUUUGCUCGAUCUGGAACACGGUUAUAUGGAAACGACUCCAAUUUGUGAGUGGGAACAAUCAGGAGUUGUGUCAGUCAGUUGCUUCAGUGCGCUUCUGUAGGCUACGGACGUUCGUAAGUGUGGUUGUUGAAUUUGGUCAGGUCUUUUGGGGACCCCGGUCUUUUGGGGACCCUGGUGUCUUUGUGAUCCUGUGAUUGUGAUGACCCAAUCUUCUGAGGAAGGAAGGGAGUCCAGCGUCCAAGAAAUCAGUCUAUGGCUGAACAACAAUUAGUGAUGUCGAGCGACUCAGCUUGAUCUUCAUUGACAACCACACGCAGAGGACAGACGGAUCAUCUGUGGAACGACUGAACUUCUCAGUGUCACUACAGUGUGAAAAAAAGGACCUACCCCGAGCGACUGACAUGGCAGCUGGUUAUCUGUCCAUGGAUUUUGGGGAGGAGCACCGUCUCUCAGAGCUGAGUAUUGUGCUGCUGGGGGGGAGACGGAGUGGGAAGAGUUCAGCAGGAAACACCAUCCUGGGCAGAGAGGAGUUUGAGUCUGGAGUAAGAACUGCACAGUGUGCGAAUAGACAGGGUGAAGUAGCUGGGAGACAGGUCACUGUGGUCGACACACCAGGCUGGUGGAUAGAUUAUCCUGUGAAGAACACUGCAGAGCUGGAUAAACAGGAGAUUGUGUGCAGUGUGUCUCUGUGUCCCCCGAGACCCUGCGCUCUCUUCCUGGUCGUUGAUGUGAGCUCAGCGUUCAGAGAAGAACACAGAAGAUCAGCGGUGGAACACCUGGAGCUUCUCAGUGAGAGAGUCUGGAGACACACUAUAGUGCUGUUCACCAGGGGAGACUGGCUGGGAGACACAACCAUUGAGCAGCGCAUUGAGACUGGAGGGAGGGCCCUCCAAGAGCUCAUAGAGAAAUGUGGGAACAGGUAUCAUGUUCUCAAUAAUGAGAACAGGGCUGAUGGGACUCAGGUCACAGAGCUGCUGGAGAAGAUAGAGGAGAUAAUGGCAGGAGAUGGAGGCUCUCUCUAUGAAAUAAAUAGAAUGCUCUUACAGGAGGUAGAAGAGAAGAGGAGGACAGUGGAAGAACGAGUGAAACAGAGGAUGAUGAAAGUUCAGAAUCAGAGAAAAACACUCAGAGCACUCGUUGAGGGGGAGGAUCACUGUCUCUCAGAGCUGAGGAUUGUGCUGUUGGGGGAGAGACUGAGUGGGAAGAGUUCAGCAGGAAACACCAUCCUGGGCAGAGAGGAGUUUGAGUCUGGAAUAAGAACUGCACAGUGUGUGAAGAGACAGGGUGAAGUAGCUGGGAGACAGGUCACUGUGGUCGACACACCAGGCUGGCGGACGAAAUAUUCUGUGAAGGCCACUGCAGAGCUGGAUAAACAGGAGAUUGUGCGCAGUGUGUCUCUGUGUCCCCCGGGACCCUGCGCUCUCUUCCUGAUCAUUGAUGUGAGCUCAGUGUUCAGAGAGGAACACAGAAGAUCAGCGGUGGAACACCUGGAGCUUCUUAGUGAGAGAGUCUGGAGACACACUAUAGUGCUGUUCACCUGGGGAGACUGGCUGGGAGACACAACCAUUGAGCAGCACAUUGAGACUAAAGGGAGGGGCCUCCAAGAGCUCAUAGAGAAAUGUGGGAACAGGUAUCAUGUUCUCAACAAUGAGAACAGGGCUGAUGGGACUCAGGUCACAGAGCUGCUGGAGAAGAUAGAGGAGAUGAUGGCAGGGCAUGGAGGCUCUCUCUAUGAAAUAGAUAGAAUGCUCUUACAGGAGGUGGAAGAGAAGAGGAGGGCAGUGGAAGAACGAGUGAAACAGAGGAUGACGAAGGUUCAGAUGCAGAGAAAGACUCUCAGAGCACUUUUUGAGGGGGAGGAGCACCGUCUCUCAGAGCUGAGGAUUGUGCUGCUGGGGGGGAGACUGAGUGGGAAGAGUUCAGCAGGAAACACCAUCCUGGGCAGAGAGGAGUUUGAGUCUGGAGUAAGAACUGCACAGUGUGUGAAGAGACAGGGUGAAGUAGCUGGGAGACAGGUCACUGUGGUCGACACACCAGGCUGGUGGGUGACAUAUUUUGUGAAGGACACUGCAGAGCUGGAUAAACAGGAGAUUGUGCGCAGUGUGUCUCUGUGUCCCCCGGGACCCUGCGCUCUCUUCCUGGUUAUUGAUGUGAGCAAAGUGUUCGGAGAUCCAAAGAAGAGAUCAGUGGUGGAUCACCUGGAGCUUCUCAGUGAGAGAGUCUGGAGACACACUAUAGUGCUGUUCACCAGGGGAGACUGGCUGGGAGACACAACCAUUGAGCAGCACAUUGAGACUGAAUGCAGGGCCCUCCAAGAGCUCAUAGAGAAAUGUGGGAACAGGUAUCAUAUUCUCAACAAUGAGAACAGGGCUGAUGGGACUCAGGUCACAGAGCUGCUGGAGAAGAUAGAGGAGAUGAUGGCAGGGCAUGGAGGCUCUCUCUAUGAAAUAGAUAGAUUUCUCUUACAGGAGGUAGAAGAGAAGAGGAGGACAGUGGAAGAACGAGUGAAACAGAGGAUGAUGAAGGUUCAGAAUCAGAGAGAAACUCUGAGAGCACUUUUUGAGGGGGAGGAGCACCGUCUCUCAGAGCUGAGGAUUGUGCUGCUGGGGGGGAGAUGCAGUGGGAAGAGUUCAGCAGGAAACACCAUCCUGGGCAGAGAGGAGUUCGAGUCUGGAGUAAGAACUCCACAGUGUGUGAAGAGACAGGGUGAAGUAGCUGGGAGACAGGUCACUGUGGUCGACACACCAUGCUGGUGGAUGAAUAUUUCUGUGAAGGACACUGCAGAGCUGGAUAAACAGGAGAUUGUGCGCAGUGUGUCUCUGUGUCCCCCGGGACCCUGCGCUCUCUUCCUGGUCAUUAAUGUGAGCUUAAAAUUCACAGAGGAAUACAGGAGAUCAGCAGUGGAACACCUGGAGCUUCUCAGUGAGAGAGUCUGGAGACACACUAUAGUGCUGUUCACCAGGGGAGACUGGCUGGGAGACACAACCAUUGAGCAGCACAUUGAGACUAAAGGGAGGGCCCUCCAAGAGCUCAUAGAGAAAUGUGGGAACAGGUAUCAUGUUCUCAACAAUGAGAACAGGGCUGAUGGGUCUCAGGUCACAGAGCUGCUGGAGAAGAUAGAGGAGAUGAUGGCAGGGCAUGGAGGCUCUCUCUAUGAAAUAGAUAGAAUGCUCUUACAGGAGGUAGAAGAAAAGAGGGGGACAGUGGAAGAACGAGUGAAACAGAGGAUGAUGAAGGUUCAGAAUCAGAGAAAAUCUCUCAGAGCACUUUUUGAGGGUAAGUUUCGUUCAUUUAUAGAAUUUACUUUUAGUUGAAUUAAAGUGGAAUAUUACCAUUAAUCAAAACUGUGUUGAAUUAUUUUCUAUUGAGGUGUUUUACUAAUGAAAAGUGUUACUCCAGAGAAAGGUGUAUAUCUGUCCUGUUUUUUCUCCCUGACUUUCCCCUGUGCUGCAUACUGAAGUGUUACAGUUGAUGUUUAAAGAGGUCAAUGUCUAAAUUUUAUAAUGUAGAAUUAUUGAUUUAACUUCUGUAUGAAUGAGGGGCCAAUCAGAGAGGCAGGAGUAAUAGUUUAAUAAAAUAUUUUCAUUGCGUUUAGUUCAUUGUUUUCCCAGUCUGCAUAGCCCCGUUUUAUUCAUAAUCCAGUCUCAUUACUGCGGCCACCCCGAUUAAACAGGGUUCUGAGAAGCACACAUACCCUUUGAAGUGUGGAUGUCAGCUGCCAACUUCUCUUCCCUCCACAUAUCUUGAGUAGCAGGAGUUCAUUUCAUGAGUUUGUUUACGCUGCAGACGCUCAGUUGAACUGAGAUGGUUGCUAGUGCUUAAUGAGACACAGAAAAUCCUGCUUAUUGAACUCUCCCUGCUGCUGCCAAUUACAUGCUGCCCUGUGGAGCUGCCAGCACAGCCUGAACUGCACAGUCAGGGUUUGAUAGCAGACUGUGGGGUGCAUCCACACACUGGAACAGUGUCUUAGCAGGAUGUGCCACCCAGCAGCCCUUUAUAAUAUUUGCCAUUAAAUUCCGAGUAAUAAUCCUCUUGACAAAAAUUACUGUACUGAUAUUUUAAAUUUUUAACAUAUUUUCAUCACAGUUUUAAAAGACGUGUAUUUUGACCUUUUAGGCUGUUAAUAUGUAUUGAACUGAAUGAGACAUUAUAUUGGUAUCAAUAAAAGUCUCAUGCACAACUGUGCACCUACAAAUUUACUGCCUGGCCCAACUCUCUUUGGUCUUCAGUAUAAAAUUUCAUUUUAUUUUUCAUACUCUCCACUCCAAACUUACAGAGAGCAGCUCAUCUCAGACCUGAAUGUCUGUUACACUCCUGAUGAGGAGUAAAUUGUUCUCUUUC